UUUCGCCCAGACUGUUUUGACGGUCCUUUUGUCUGAUUCUGAUAUGUCGAAGUUUCCUAUUUUUUAAAGGAAAAGAAAGGCGUUAUAGACAAACUGAAAGAUAGUUUUGAAUAUCAGAUAAUUCAGAAAAUAUUUUUCUCGUUUCAUAUUAAAAUGGACAGGAAAACAGCCGGCGCCGGGAACCGACCGAACGGAAUGACAAUUCCAUCAAAUCCCAAUGCUCAUCACCAUAGCCACUCACAUGGUCAUUGGAAAAAAGCUGCUGAAAGAACAAAACACAUGUCUGACCCAUGGCAGAAAUUUCAUAUUGAUGAGAACUUUCCAGAUGAGGUUGGGAUGCGUCAUCGUUACAACGCUCGCAAGAAAACAUGGGUUAAAGAUGAGGUUCACGUACGCAUGGAAGAAGAGUCUUUUGACAGAGGAGCUAUGCGAAAGUGUUUUCGUUUGAAAAAGUUAUCAAAUUUUACGAAGACAAGGAAUUGGAAACAUGCUGGAAACCAUGUGGCAAAAUGUUAUAUAAAUGAAGUCUCUAGAGAAACAUAUUUCAGUGAUGUUGUAUUACAAAUGGAUGCUAAGCUCUGGGGAGAGGAAUAUAACCGUCAUUUUCCACCCAAGAAGGUUGAUAUUCUACAAAUUUCUGUUUUGGAAAUGACAAACAGAGAAGGUUCCCCAUUGUUUCAUAUUGAACAUUUUAUUGAAGGAAAAUACAUCAAGUAUAAUUCAAACUCUGGUUACAUACAUCUGGAUGAUACUUUACGUGCCACUCCACAGGCAUUCAGUCACUUCACAUUUGAAAGAUCUAAUCACAAUGCAAUGGUUGUUGAUAUACAAGGUGUGGGAGAUUUAUAUACAGACCCUCAGGUUCACAGCACAAAUCUCAAUGAAUAUGGAGAAGCUAAUCUUGGAACAAAAGGAAUGGCUUUGUUUUUUAGCUCCCAUCGUUGUAAUAAAAUCUGUGAAUCAAUGGGCCUGUCACCAUUCGACUUGAGCGAUGUGGAAUUAAAAAGAAUAGAAAACCAAGCACAACUUUUGACAAACUCUCUUACAUUAAGUAAAGAUAUGGCUUGCCUUGCAGUCACUGCCACCGAUGAUCCCCCGUUAUCUCACCCACCGUGUUCACCGCCUUCGCCAUUUACACCUAAUAGCCCUGGUUCACCCCAUUCACCCCCUCUCUCUGCGUCAUCGAUCGAAUCGGAUUCCAUGAGCGACUCGUCAGAAUGUUCUUCGAACUUCGGAGACAGCAGUGGGGACGAUAGAAGCAGUGGUGAUGAGUAUUUCUUUGGAUCGGGAGUUUUUUCUCACCGAUCAUCUUCUGUGUCAGUCGAGACACUUGCGAUGGCUAAACUUCUGCGAAAACUUUCUCAGAAUCAAUCUGUUCUUGGAGAGAUUCACUUCGUUUUAGCGCAACUAAACGAAGCAGGAAGAUUCACAGAUCAAAAUCCAGACCUUGAAUCAGCAAUGUUCCAUUUAGAGCACGCCGGGUCUUGUUUUUACCCAAUGGCAGUGAAAACUCAGGCUGAAAUCUAUCUUCAGUUACCACAUGAGAUGUUGUCCUCCUUGUCUGCUGAGGAUACGGAGGAGAAUCAAGAACGUGGCAUCCGUUGUAUGGAGAUUGCCAGUGAGAAUGGUGAUAAAGAAGCAAUGUUAUACAUGGCACGUGCCUUUGACACUGGCACUGGUCUGAAGUUUAAGUCGUGGUCAGAAGCUGUCAGACUAUACGAAGAAGUCGUACAGUCGAUGGAAAACGAUGAAACGCAGACCACCUCGGUCCAGUUAAUUACAGAUCCUCCGUCGAAACUAUACGCGAGGAUGGCACAGAUGUACAGAGAAGGAGGACAUGGGAUAGAACGAGAUCCACAGAAAUCAAUGGAUAUGUAUAACAUGGCUGGGGAACAUGCUAUGACUGAAAUGAAGGGGAAAAUGGCGAAUAAAUACUUUGCACUUGCUGAAGAAGUGGCGGGUGAGAUAGAAGACUGAUCACUAGUCAAG